AUGCCACAAAAAUCAGCUAGUCAGCCGUACCAUGGCUAUUACACUGGCAAAAAGCCAGAAGGGCAACCUUAUUAUGGAUACUAUUCUGGCUUCAACAAAUCCGCUUCUGCUCAGAUUCACCAUUUGGCCAAAACUAUAACGACUCAACAACAAUCGUUUUUUGACGAAAGCUACAUCAAACAGUCUCAUGCCACAGCACAAACACCUCACGGUGUUAACCCUUUUCUAGACAAGACUGACCCCACUUUGGACCCAAAUUCACCCAGCUUCAGUUCCAAGAGAUAUGUGCAGAAUAUGUGGAGAUUAUACCAAAGUGACUCUGACUAUUACAAGCCAGGAAAAUUGGGUGUUGCUUAUAAAAACUUGCGUGUUUAUGGUGAUGCGGUCAACUCUGAUUACCAAACCACUGUAUCCAAUGGAGUCAUGAAGUAUGCUAGAAAUGUCAUUGACAAGUUCACCACAAAAAAGGAAGAACACACUUUUGACAUUUUGAAGCCAAUGGAAGGAUUGAUUAAGCCAGGUGAAGUUACAGUUGUACUAGGUAGACCCGGUGCCGGAUGUACAACUUUUCUCAAAACGAUUUCUGGCCACACCGAUGGUUUCAAUGUUGCCGAUGGCUCGAUAAUCUCAUAUGAUGGUAUCACUCCAGAAGAAAUCAAGAAAAAUUUAAGAGGUGAAGUUGUGUAUUGUGCUGAAACUGAAACCCAUUUCCCUUAUUUGACUGUGGGACAAACAUUGGAAUUUGCCGCAUUGAUGAAGACACCAAGAAACAGACCUCUUGAUGUCUCUCGUGAAUUGUAUGCAAAGCAUCUUGUUGAUGUUGUGAUGGCAACUUAUGGAUUGUCACACACAAAAAAUACCAAAAUUGGUAACGAUUUUGUACGAGGUGUUUCUGGUGGUGAACGUAAAAGAGUAUCCAUUGCUGAAGUUUCAUUGGUGCAGGCAUCAAUUCAGUGUUGGGAUAACUCAACUCGUGGGUUGGAUGCAGCUACAGCUCUUGAAUUUAUCAGUUCUUUGAAAACUUCAGCAUCGAUUUUAAACGAUACCCCAUUGAUUGCCAUUUACCAAUGCUCACAGGAUGCCUAUGACUUGUUUGACAAAGUCAUUGUCAUGUACGAAGGCUAUCAAAUCUUUUUCGGUUCAAGUCAACGUGCAGCAACAUAUUUCCAAAAAAUGGGGUUUGUUUGUGAAGCAAGACAAACCACUCCAGAUUUUCUUACUUCAAUCACCAACCCAGCAGAACGUAUUGUGAAACCAGGAUUUGAAAAAAUUGUGCCACGUACGCCAAAGGAAUUCUACCGUUAUUGGAGAAGAUCACCAGAAAGACAAGCAUUGUUGGAGGAGAUUGAUGAAUACUUGGACAAUUGUGAAAAUUAUGAUCAAAAACAAGAGAUUUUCGAAGCCAUGCAAGCUAAAAAAUCCAAAAACACAAACAAAAAAUCGCCAUAUACUGUGUCCUUACCUAUGCAAGUACGGUAUAUCAUUAAGCGAAACUUUGAUCGAAUGAAGGGUGCUCCAUCUUUCCCAAUCUUGACAAUAUUUGGAAAUGUUGCCAUGAGUUUGAUCUUGGCCUCGGUUUUCUACAAUUUGCAGCCAAAUACCGAAUCGUUUUAUUAUCGUACCGCCGUUAUGUAUUAUGCCUUGUUGUUUAACUCCUAUUCGUCAGUAUUGGAAAUUUACACAGUUUAUGAAACUAGACCAAUUGUUCAAAAACAUCGUGAAUACGCAUUGUACCCACCGGUGGCAGAUGCGAUUGGUUCGAUAUUGGCGGAUUUCCCAUUGAAAGUUGUCAGUAGUUGUUGUUUCAAUUUGGCACUUUACUUUAUGGUUAAUUUUAAACGUGAACCAGGUGCAUUCUUUUUCUACUUGUUGAUGAACUUCCUUGCCACGUUGAUGAUGUCUCAUUUGUUCAGAACCAUUGGUGCAUUUACAAAGACGUUGGCAGAGGCAAUGACACCAUCAUCGCUUUUGUUGUAUGCCAUGAGUACAUUCACUGGGUUUGCCAUCCCUGUAACCUAUAUGCUUGGUUGGUGUAAGUGGAUCCAUUGGGUUAACCCAUUGUCUUAUGCUUAUGAAGCACUUAUUGCCAAUGAGUUUCAUGGACGUACGUUUGAAUGUUCUCGUUUUGUGCCGCUGGGGUUUGGAUAUCCAAAGUCUGGUAAUUCAGUUGUUUGUGCCACGCUUGCAGCACUUCCAGGAUCAUCAUUUGUUGACGGUGACUUGUACAUUAAGACUGCUUUCACCUACGAAUGGAAACAUGCUUGGAGAAAUUUUGGUAUCUUGUUGGCGUUUGUCAUUUUCUUGUUUUUCACCACCUUGUACUUUGUUCAAUACAGUCAAGCUGCCAAAUCCAAGGGUGAAAUUUUGGUUUUUAGAAGAAGACACGUUAAGAAUAUGAAGGCUUAUGAAGAUGACGAGGAAGGUUAUAUGGAGGACCAAAAAGCAUUUGAGUUUAGUACUGAAUUGAGUGACGAAACUGACUCUUAUGAGUAUGUUGACCGCAAGUUGUUGCAAACUUCAAAUGUUUUCCAUUGGCGUGAUUUGACGUACAAGCUACACAUCAAAGGUGAAGAGAGAACCAUUUUGAAUGGCGUUGAUGGAUGGGUCAAACCUGGUGAAGUUACCGCUUUGAUGGGAGCAUCUGGUGCUGGUAAAACAACAUUGUUGAAUGCCUUGAGCGAGCGUUUGACUGUCGGUGUCAUCACCUCAGGUUCUCGAAUGGUCAAUGGAUGCCAAUUGGAUAAUGCCUUCCAGCGACUGAUUGGAUAUGUACAACAACAAGAUUUGCAUUUGGAAACAUCAACUGUGCGUGAAGCAUUGAGAUUUAGUGCUUAUUUGAGACAAUCGCGCAAGGUUUCAAAGGCUGACAAGAAUGAAUAUGUGGAAAAGAUUAUUGAGUUGAUGGAAAUGGAGCCAUAUGCUGAUGCCGUUGUUGGUGUUCAAGGUGAGGGUUUGAAUGUUGAACAAAGAAAGCGCUUGACUAUUGCGGUUGAGUUGGUUGCCAGACCCAAGUUGUUGUUGUUUUUGGAUGAGCCCACGUCAGGAUUGGAUUCCCAAACUGCAUGGUCAAUUUGUAAAUUGAUUAGAAAAUUGGCCAACCAUGGUCAAGCCAUUUUGUGCACCAUCCAUCAGCCAUCGUCAAUUUUGUUGGAAGAGUUUGAUCGUUUGUUGUUUCUUCGUAGUGGUGGUGAAACUGUUUACUUUGGUGACUUUGGUUACCAGUGCCAAACCUUGAUUGAUUACUUUGAACGCAAUGGUGCUCCUAAAUGUCCUGCUGAUGCAAAUCCAGCAGAAUGGAUGUUGCAUGUGAUUGGUGCCGCACCUGGGUCCACUGCCGUUAAGGAUUUCCACCAAGUGUGGCUAAACUCACCAGAAUACCGUGCUGUUCAAGGAGAAUUGGAUGAGUUGGAACAAAUGGGUACUGGGGCUGUUGGUUAUGGCCAUGCCCCAAGCGGUACAACCACGCCUUCAACAAAGAAGUUGUGGAGUGAUGAAAAGGAGGCAAGGAGGACAUAUGCUGCUCCGCUUAUGACACAAUACUUUUAUGUGUUGAAGAGGUUGUUUCAACAGUACUGGCGUACCCCCUCGUAUAUCUACUCCAAAUUUGCCAUGGCCAUAUUGUGUUCUUUGUUUAACGGAUUUACUUUCUUCAAAUCGAAAAACUCCAUGCAAGGAUUGCAAAAUCAGAUGUUGUCGAUUUUCUUGUUGUUUGUUGUUAUGACCACUUUGGCACAACAAUAUGUCCCAAUGUUUGUUACUCAACGUGACUUGUUUGAGGCAAGAGAACAUCCAUCAAAGACAUUUUCCUGGCUUGCGUUUAUUGCCGCUCAAAUCACUUCAGAAAUUCCGUACCAAAUUGCUGCGGCUGCCAUUUCAUUUUUUGUUUGGUACUACCCAGUUGGUAUGUACCGUAAUGCUGGAAGUGCCAUUGAGCAGCGUGGAGCAUUGAUGUGGGUUGCCAUGACGUUGAUGUUUGUUUAUAGCUCAACAUUGGCUCAGUUGUGCAUUUCGUUCAAUCAGUUGGCUGACAAUGCAGCAAAUAUCAUUUCAUUCCUAAUCACCGUGUGCAUGACAUUUUGCGGUGUUAUUGCCACCAAGGACUUUAUGCCUCGUUUUUGGAUCUUCCUUUACCGCUGCAACCCAUUCACCUAUCUUAUUUCGGCAAUGUUGUCAAUUGGUGUUGGUAAUUCCGAGAUUCAUUGCUCCAAAAAUGAGUAUUUGCAUUUCCCACCUCAACAACCAGGAACUCAAAAAUGUAAGGACUACAUGGGAGCUUACAUUUCCAUUGCUGGUGGGUACUUGACGAAUCCUGACGCUACCGAUAGUUGUGAAUAUUGUCCAAUGGACAAGACAAAUCAGUAUUUGAAGAGCAUCAAUAUUUCCAUACACAAUUUCGGUCGCGAUGUUGGGAUUUUUAUUGCCUUUAUUGUUUUCAAUAUGAUUGCAACGGUAUUUCUCUACUGGUUGGUUAGAGUUCCCAAGGGAAACAGAGAAAAGAACAAUAGUUGGUUUUCGAGAUUUGCCAUUUACAAUGGGUACAAUGAUCAAGCUUAA